CACAAAGAGAUCACUGAUAAAGUUGGAGGGGUUUACCUAAUCCCGGUUGAGCACAUGGGCAGAGGGACAGCAGUAUAAAAGUUCACGAUGGGAGCAGUAUGCUCUUCACUGAGCACUGAACAGGCUUCCACCAAGAGAAACACACAACAGAUUAUUGCCACCCGCCACUAUGAUGUGCUUGUUGAAAUCAAUUGGAGUAUCCCUCAUCCUGUCCAUACUUCUGUACAUGGCAGACUCUUAUCCAAACAGUGACAUGCCAAACGUGGGCUGUGAGGAAUGCAAACUGAAGGAGAACAAAGUAUUCUCUAACCCAGGCGCCCCUGUCUACCAGUGUACAGGCUGCUGCUUUUCCAGAGCUUAUCCAACCCCACUGCAGUCUAAGAAAGCCAUGUUGGUCCCAAAGAACAUCACCUCUGAAGCCACAUGCUGCGUUGCAAAAGAAGGUGAAAGGGUGGUGGUGGACAACAUCAAGCUGACGAACCACACAGAGUGUUGGUGCAACACCUGUUAUCACCAUAAGUCAUAAACUGCCUGUGAGGCCAGAAAUAUCCUUAUCGCAGAAGUAAAAGCUUGGCAACAGAUACUAGGCAUUUUGCACAACUUAUUCCUGAAGUGUUUUAAGAGAAAUCACAUAUUAAGAGAUCAUUGGCUGCAUUUAAACAAGCAACCCACUUCUGUUAUUUUUUUCAGUAUUUGGUAUUUUGAACAAACACCUCAACUCUUUUCACAUCAGCUAUUUUUUCCAGAGUUGAUCUGAUUAAUCAAAAGACCAAUUAGUGAAAAAAAUAUCAGAAUUGGGCUGCCUGCAUAAACCCAGCCAAUGUCAUCCACAAAAGGUGAUAGUCUGCUGAUAAUAUUUAUAGUGCUCUUAAUAUAUUACUGUCACAAUUAUGAAGUUGUAUUCCUGUAGCCUACUGUGUUGAUCAAAUGUAGACUUUACUAUAUGAAUUGAAUACUGAUUAAAAUGUUUUUCAGUAUUUUA